GACGGGCAUACUCACACUCUUCUUCAGUCAGCUCCAUACUUUUAUCAGAACAGUUCAGAGGAGAAAAUACCGAUAAAGAGAGGAGAAGAACAGAAGAAAUUUUGUUUAAAAAAAAAACAGAAAUAGAAGAGCAACAGCAGCAUGUCUAUUAAAGUGAAGGAAAAGACGGAGGUGCGUCUGGUGUUUCUGGGAGCAGCUGGAGUGGGGAAGACAGCCAUCAUCCAGCGCUUCCUCAAAGACACUUUUGAGCCCAAGCAUCGGCGCACGGUGGAGGAGCUCCACAGGAAGGAGUUCGAGGUUGGAGGUGUCAAAGUCACCAUCAACAUCAUGGACACGAGUGGCAGCUACUCCUUUCCCGCCAUGCGGAGACUCUCCAUCCAGAACAGCGAUGCCUUCGCACUGGUCUACGCCGUGGACGACCCCGAGUCACUGGAGGCGGUGAAGAGUCUCCGAGACGAGAUCCUGGAGGUCAAAGAGGACAAGUUCACGCCUAUUGUAGUGAUAGGCAACAAGAUCGACCGCCACAACGAGCGUCAGGUGUCCAGCAAGGACGUGCUGACCCAGGUGGAGCUCGACUGGAACAACAGCUUCCUGGAGUCAUCGGCCAAAGACAACGUGAACGUGCUGGAGGCGUUCAAGGAGCUCCUGCAACAGGCCAACCUGCCCAGUUGGUUGAGUCCGGCGCUGUGUCGGCGACGGGAAACUGUCCCCAAGGUGACCAACAAAAGACCGAUCGUGAACAAGACCAACAGCUGCCUUGUCUCGUAAUGGCACGGACACCAAAAAAGACUCAAAGAGAGGAAGAAGGCUGCCAAAAAACAGACAGAAGAAGGUUUGUCGGUGCGGAGAAACAAACCAAGAGACAGUGUUGAAUGGUUUGAACUGUAAAUUCCUCAUCAGGCUUGAAAUCAUUAGAGACACAGGGAUGUUACAGCGACGGACAGAAUUCUAGAAAAAGGUUGAUAGCGAGAAAGAAUGUGUUUAAACAACAGUUGAAGUAGAGACUGGUUAUUCAGAAUGUUAACAAAAGAUACCACGAUAUAACCUGACAGCUUUAUGUACAAAAACACUUUCCAUUUGUGUAUAAGUGACUUUUUACAUGUUUUUUUAAUUAUUUUUUUUAUGUUUGUGCAACAAUUGUGAAGUGAUGGGUAUUAAUGCAAAGUUUACAUGCGCAAGUGUUGACGUGAACAACAGGUGGUCUGCUUAACUUUAACUGUAAAUAUUUUAAAAAUCAACCCAUCAAUGUUGAGAAUUCAGCCUGUGCCGUUACUCUGUUCCACAUUGUGAUGCAAAUCUUUUUGAGUUUCUGUCUCUCAUUGUUCAACUAAUAAAUCUAUUUCUUUUUCAA